AUGUUGCUAUCAUCAUCAGUGCUCUUUGUGAUCAGUUUCUUCCUAGUUUUGUAUUUUUUCAAAAAACUAAAAUGCGUAUCAGCAAAAUUAUACAACCUCGGUAAACUCGACGGACCUUCAAACCAUAACAUAAUUAUUGGAAAUGUGUUACGGCUUCAUGCGGCUCCAGAAGUAAUUUUUAAAAAAUUGCGACAAUGGGCACGUGACUACUAUCCAGUCUACCAACUGAGAGCAAUUCAUAUCCCUGCAGCAUGUAUUUUGGCACCGGAAGACUUUGAAGCCAUUUUAUCCAAUCCGAGACAUAUCGAAAAAAGCAUGGUUUAUUUGCUUUUACACGACUGGUUAGGAACAGGUCUUCUAACAAGUGGUGGACAAAAAUGGGCAACAAGACGAAAAAUCCUAACACCAGCUUUCCACUUCAGUAUCCUCCAACAAUUCAUCACAAUCUUCAAUGAAGAAACCGACAAACUUGUCGACACUUUCAAACAACAAUGCGACCAACCGAUCGAGAUCACCUCUCAUAUUACACAAUUCACGUUGAAAACGAUCGGUGAAACUGCAAUGGGAACAAAAUUCGAAUUCACAACCCGAAAACAAAUCGAAUAUAAACAAGCAAUCCUGGAAAUCGGCGAAAUCCUCCUCUACCGCCUCCUCAACUCGUGGCUCAUUUCCGACUACCUCAAUUUCUUCAGUCCUCACCGUUUGAGGGAGAAACGCCUCGUCAAAACCCUCCACACUUUCACUCGAGACGUGAUCACCGAACGUGAAAAAACAUUCGAAAAAUUCCAACUACCAACGGAAGAACAUGACGUUUACAUUGGCAAAAAACGACUCGCAAUGCUAGACCUCCUCCUCACAGCCAAAAACGAAGAAAGAACCAUCGAUGAAGAUGGAAUUCGUGAGGAAGUAGACACUUUCAUGUUCGAAGGCCACGACACGACUUCUGCUGCCCUAAGUUUCGCUUUGAUGCUUUUGGCCAAUCACAAAAACGUCCAAGACCAGAUUGUGGACGAAAUGGUCACAGUUUUGGGCGACCUGCACCAAAAACCGACUUACAACAAUUUGCAAGAAAUGAAGUAUCUGGAACGAGCGAUAAAAGAGAGUUUGAGAUUGUACCCAAGCGUGCAUUUUAUUUCAAGGAAAUUAGGAGAGGACUUUGUGACUUGUAACGGCCUCAAAUUGCCUAAAAGUACAAUCACGCAUUUGCACAUCUACGAUCUGCACCACAAUCCUGACAUUUAUCCUGAUCCUGAGAAGUUUGAUCCUGAGCGUUUUCGUCCUGAGAACUCCCAAAAAAGGCAUCCUUUCGCCUAUUUGCCAUUUAGCGCCGGGCCUAGGAACUGUAUAGGCCAGAAAUUUGCGAUGUUGGAGCUGAAAGCGGCCAUUUGUGGCAUUUUGGCCAAUUUUAUACUUGAACCGGUUGAUACCCCCGAAAGUAUCGUCUUAGUUGUUGAUCUUGUGCUCCGCACUAAAAACGGGAUAAAAAUCGGUUUUAUUCCCAGAGUUAAAUAA